AUUUCAACAAAGUGCGGAAGAAACGCCUGGCAACUAUCUGAAGAGUUUUGUGCUCACAACACAACCGCGAGUGACGCAGACUCCUCUGGCCCAGCUGGCGCGGGAGGUGCAGACAACAGCGGUUAUUGCGUUUCACAGCGCGUGGGACUCUACACGAUGGAGGUGUCCAGCAAUAUUGAACUCUCCGUGAUGACUCCUGACGACUUCGAGGAGACUAUAACCCUCCUGAGGGAACAGUACUGCUACAGGAACCCUCUGUGCAGGGCGCUUGGAGUGAAAAAAGGGGAAACGAACCAAGAGCCGCUGACCACACUCAUCAGGAAGUGUUUGGCGUCAGGUCUAUCAGUCAGCGCACGGGACAAGACGUCUCAAACACUCGCUGGAAUCUUCCUCAAUUUACCACAAGACGUGGACGAAACCUCGGAGGACGACGACGUUGAGACGGAGGUAACGUCUAAGGUGUUCCGUGUUCUGAAGUUACUUGCUGCCGGCACACACAAAGUCUUCCAGGAGAUGAACGUUAAAGUGGUGUUGGAGUUGUUUACUCUGUGCGUCCAUGAAGACUAUGGAGGACAAGGCCUCGGGAGCAAGCUGACUGAGAAAUCGUUGUUGCUGGGCGAGGAGCAGGGAUAUGCUGUGGCAAGUGUUAUGUGCACUAACAGCCUGACGGAGAGGAUCUGCGCGCGUUUUGGGUUUGAUACCGUGAAGACGCUUAACCUAAUUUCUGUUGCUGAUAAGUUGGGCAAUGAUAUCUGCCUCAUACCUGGUGAAACUGACUUAAAAAUGAUGAUAAAAAUGAUUUCCAGCUAAACAUCCCACCUCAAGACUUCACCUCGUUAAUAUCCAAUACAAAAUGCAUGGUAAUUAAGCGCUUAAUAUGCUGAAGUACUAAUAAUUAAGAACUCGGUGGACAAAACGAAGUCUGGCACCAACGAGACUGAAGUUAAUAAAUAAAUAAAUGUUUAUUCAGGUAAAGUGCAUACAUACAAGAGGUUUUACAAAAAUUGAUAGAUUUAUAGAUAGAGCUAGUACAUACAAUGCCUGAAGGCACUAUUACGCAAAGCGUUUCGGGCAGGGUUUAA